AGCAGGGUGAGGGGGUGGUGGUAGCCUGGCCUGGGUAAGACUGACAGAGUGGGGAGUAAGGAAGUGGGGGAAGGCAGGAGAGGUUGAUACCUGGUAGAUGGCAGACUUACUUACUUACUUAGGGUGGGAGUAAGGAGACUGAAGGUGUAGGGAGGUGGAGGGCCAGUGGGAUGUGGGGGUGGUCGAGGCCUGAUAGGUGGAAGCCAGGCUGGCAAGCUGAGGUGGGAGUGGAGGGGGGUGGGAAGGGAUUGGAGUGGUUAAGGCCUGAGUGGGAAAGGUUUGCAACAAAAACAAAUUUAAAUACUUACUAUUUUGCAGAGCAAAGUUUCGGCUUUAAAUUAGGGUAGGGAAGACGCCCAAAGAUAACUGCAGAAUGUAGAGAUGUCUCUGGUUUUGAGUUCUGGCUUUCUUAAGAAAGUAUAUCUUUGCUCUACAGACAUGGACCCGUAUGAAGAAGAGCUGCGCUGCUUGCAAGACCCGGUGGAGGAUGAGGAUUGUUACAUUCUUAACGUCCAGUCAAGCAGUGAUGGCGCCAGUGGGUCUUCUGUGGCCAGAGCAGCUCCACAGAGACAGGGCAGUUGCAUCCUGAAUGUCCGGUCAAGACCUGGUAACACCAGUGGGUCUUCUGUGGUCAGAGCAGCUCCGAAGAGACAGGCCACCUCCGUGGUAGUGAUUGACUCUGACUCUGAUAACGAAUGCUACCCCUCUGAGAAGAAAGCUAAGAUACUGAAAACAAACCAUGACGGUAAGGAUAUGGAACGUUAUAAUGUGAAGCCUACCAUCCAGGGACCCCUAAUAGUUAUUAGUGAUGAUGAUGAUGACGAUGACGACAAGAAGAGUAAUGAUUUUGAAGUUCACAGCAAUAAGAGUAAUGAUUCAGAAGUUCCCAAAGACAAGAGUGAUGAUUCAGAAGUUCCCAAAGACAAGAGUGAUGAUUCAGAAAUUCCCAAAGACAAGAGUGAUGAUUCAGAAGUUCCCAAAGACAAGAGUGAUGAUUCAGAAGUUCCCAAAGACAAGAGUGAUGAUUCAGAUGUUCCCAAAAGUGACAGUCAUGAUUCGGAUGUUCCCGAUGACGACGACAAUCAUGAUUCGGAUGUUCCCGAUGACGACGACAGUCAUGAUUCGGAUGUUCCCGAUGACGACGACAGUCAUGAUUCGGAUGUUCCCGAUGACGACGACAGUCAUGAUUCGGAUGUUCCCGAUGACGAUCAUGAUUCGGAUGUUCCUGACGAUGACGAUGGUCACGAUUCGGAUGUUCCCGAUGAAGACAGUAAUGAUUCGGAUGUUCCCAAUGACAGCAAUGAUUGGGAAGUUCCUGACAACAAUAGUGAUGAUUUGGAAGUUCCUGUGCCAGCAGAAGAAGAUUUGUGUGAUGAAAGCCAAAUUGCCUCAGAUGAAGAAGAGCUGGAUGAGGCUGGUGAGCAGGAUCUUGGUGAGAAUUUCUGCGGUCCACUGAGUGAUCCUGAGGCUAACCUGGAGGUUUCAAAGAGAAAGCUGCCAACUGAGGUGGAGCCUGCACCUGGGGUGGAACAGUCAGGGAAAAGGAAAGCAAAAAGCGAAACUAUCGUGGAGCCACUAAAGCAACGGAAGGCAAAAACUGAAAGUAUUGUGGAGCCACUGAGGAAGAGGAAGGCAAAAACCAAAAAUGUACCUGUGACACCUGCUGAUAAAGGACAUAAGAAGUGUGGGCAUUCAAAGAAGAAACCCGGUGCAGCAAAAGUUGAAAAUCGCAAGACUAGGACUUGUAAGUGCAAAGUCCAUGGAAGUUUCCUGCAUGGCCUUGGAAAGUCAAAGAAAUACUCUGGAAAAAAUUUAGAGCAAAAUAAGGAUGAACUGUUUCAGAGAAUCUACGACCUGUUUAACACAACCGACUGUGAUAAAAAGCUGCAAGAGAAACGACGGAUUGCCUGGAAUAACAAGAUGCUGAAAACUCCUGGCCCAUGCAGCACUGGUGAGAUGCCGUACCAAAACAGGCAGUGCUUUGCCGAGAUCCAGAUUGGCAUGAAAAUCUCAGCAAAGAUCCAGAUUGGCAUGCAGCUAUCUACAGAUCAAAUCCAGGAUACCUUGAUGCAUGAAAUAUGCCAUGCUGUUUCCUGGCAUGGUUUCCGUCAUUGUUAUGGUGACACGUGGAAGUAUUAUGCCAGGAAAUCCAACAGGGUGCACCUGGAGCUGCCCAAGGCCACCUGUUGCCAUAGCUAUAAGAUUACCUUCAAGGUCCAUUAUGAAUGUACUAAGUGCAAAACCAGAAUUGGCCGCUACACCAAAUCAUUGGAUACCAGGUGUUUCAUCUAUGUCAAGUUCAAGGCGUCUCUGGUCAUGGUGCCGUUAACUUGGAAAGAUGGGACCCACAUUGUGCCCCACGUGCGACCAUUUGCUGUGUAUAUACAGAAGUAUUAUAGAAAAAUUCUGCAGGAGAUGGGUGGGAUUAGCCACAGGGAUGUGAUGAAAACAUUUGGUAGGAAUUUCAAGGUGAUAAAGAAUUUUUUUUUUUUUUUUAAAUAUGGGGUUUUACCAUGUUGGUCAGGCUGGUCUUGAACUCCCAACCUCAGGUGAUCCGCCCACCUUGGCUUCCAAAGUGCUUGGAUUACAGGCGUGAGCCACCACGCCCGGCCAAUAAAGAAUUCUUAAGGUUAUCUGAGGGUAUAUUCAUGUGAGCUAUAUAUGUUUUUGUUUUUUGCAGUUGUCUGUCAUCCUACCUACAGACAAGUGAGCUACAUUUUUUACUGUUAAGAAGUUUUAGAAAACUUUGUUUUUGUGAAGUUAGGAAUAUUAUAGAAUUUAGGUACUGUUAAGUAAGUAAUAUUAGAAUUUAAGAUUCAUGUUAUUAAUGAUAAUUGAUCUUAACCAGGGGCUCUAUUGCUAACCACUCUGUGCCCUUGACAGGGAAGAUCUGAAGCCUUUGGGAUCUACCUUGGGUCUUUUUUCAGCUCCAUAGUUUUCACAUGUAAGACAAAAUGCAAAAGAAAAGUGAGUUUUCAAGAGUGGCAGGUGGAGAGAAAGGAGAAUGCUGGAAUGAGGACAAGUUUUAGUGGUAACACUUAAACACCAGAGCUACUGUGACAUCUACAUAGACAGAGGAAAGACACUUUGGCUCCAUAGUUUUCACAUGUAGGACAAAAUGCACAAGAAAAAUGAGGUUUUGAGAGUGGCAGGUUGAGAGAAAGAGGAGAAUGCUUGAAAGAGGACAAAUUACUUAGAGGCAGCACUUAAAACACCAGGGCUACUGUGACAUCUAUGUAGACAGGAAAGACAAACGUGUUUCAUAAAUGUUUCUGAUGACGUUGAUUGAAACUAUCUGAGCCAUGUAAUCAAAAAAUAAAAGUUGUAUGCAUCUCA